AUGGGCGAUUUUAACUCGAUGCUUUUUCCUCAUGAUGGGUUGGGAGGGUCGUCUACGCGUAAUUCGGAUAUGGAAGAGUUUCACAUUUGUCUAGAAGAUGUUGAGCUUUUUGAUAUCCCUUAUCAAGGGUGCCAAUAUACUUGGAUUCAGAAGCCGUCAGGGGAUGGAGGUAUUCUUCAUAAAUUAGAUCGGAUUUUGGGGAAUUUGGCAUUUAUUGAUAAUUUUGGGGAUGCUUCGGUUGUUUUUGGACCAAGAGGAAUUUCUGACCAUUCUCCGGGUAUUCUAUCAAUUAAAGUUGGGAGAAGAAUUCGAAAUCGUGGUUUUAAAUUUGAUAAUUUCUUGACUUCUCAUGAAGCUUUUCUUAGUUCGGUCGAGAGUGUUUGGGGCAAACCGAAAACAGGCUCAUAUAUGAAAAAAGUUCUUCUGAAAUUGAAAGAUAUGAAAGGGGUCUGUCGUCGUCUAAGAAAUUCGUAUGGCUGCUUGGAUAAGAGGGUAACCGUUUUAAAGUCGGAACUUGAUGUAGCUCAAUUGGCUUGUGACUUAGAUCCGUUUAAUGUUUUACUAAAAGAGGAUGUUGCUCACUUAUUAUUAGCUUAUCAACAAGCUAGGAAUGAGCAAUUGGAAAUGUUCMGACAAAAGGCGAAGAUUUCUUGGUUGAAUGAGGGGGAUGGAAACACAAAGUUCUUUUUUCACUCCAUGAAAGAGAAGCGCAAUAGAAAUCACAUUGCUGCUAUUAAAGACUCUUCUGGUAUGGCUCCGGGUUCGGAUGGGUUUUCUUUGAAAUUCUUUAAGUCUGCUUGGAGUGUGGUGGGUCGAGAUAUUCUUAUUGCGGUUCACAAUUUCUUCUACUCAGGCACUUUAGAGUAUCAGUUGAACCACAAUCUGCUUUGCCUUAUUCCGAAAAUUCCGAAUGCUUCUUGUGUGUCUGAUUUUCGGCCUAUAUCUUGUUGCAACGUGUUACUGAAAUGUAUUAGUAAAAUCAUUGCUGACAGGAUGAAAGGCUCUUUGGAUGACCUUAUUAGUAAGGCUCAAUCAGCUUUCAUUCCUGGCAGACAGAUUUCUGAUAACAUCUUAAUGGCUCAUGAGCCUGUUGCCGGGUACCAGAAACAUCAGGAGGAACCAAAAUGCGCUUUCAAGAUUGAUAUUCGCAAAGCUUAUGACACUGUUAACUGGCAGUAUCUUCUGGUGAUGCUGAAAGGACUGGGUUUUCAUCCAGUUAUGAUAAAUUGGAUAAAAUCGCUAAUGUCAACGCCAACUUUCUCUGUGUGUGUUAAUGGUCAGACGAAAGGUAUUUUUCAUGGAAAACGAGGGCUUCGACAAGGAGAUCCAAUAUCUCCUUAUUUGUUUACGGUAGUAAUGGAAGGACUCUCGAUGAUCCUAAAAAAGUGUAUUGAUGAGGAGGUGAAUUUUGCUUACCAUCAAGGCUGUGAAGAUCUCAAGUUAACUCAUUUAUGUUUUGCAGAUGAUCUUUUUAUUUUCACUCGAGGGGAUGCGAUUUCGGUUGAAGUUAUCAAACGGGCCCUUCAAAUGUUUGAAGUUCGAUCGGGUUUGUCUCCGAGUCUUGAAAAAAGUGAGGUAUUUUUUGGCAAUGUUGAGUUGGACGUUCAACAAGUUAUUCGAAAUUGCCUCCCAUUUCGUCCGGGGGUGUUUCCUAUUCGUUACUUGGGUGUUCUUCUAUCUCCGGUUAGAUUGAAGAAUGGGGGUCUUGGUAUGAAAAGACUGGCGCUUUGGAAUAGGUGUUUGUUGUUUAAGCAUAUUUGGGAUAUUCUUACUAAAAGAGAUUCCAUGUGGGUGUCUUGGAUUCAUUAUAACUGUAUCAGGGGGGGAAAUUUUUGGGUGAUAAAAAAGAGAAAUGAAUGGUCCUGGCUUAUGCGGAAUAUUUUAGAGUUAAGACCUCAUUGUAGGCGUUUCUUUAUUUCGAUUGUGGGUAAUGGGAUGUCUACGCAUGCUUGGGAAGAURAUUGGAGUGCACAGGGUCCCCUAAUCCAUUUGCUUUCUUAUAGGUUCAUAAAUGGCCAUGAGUUUCAUAAUAACUCUACGGUUUAUGACCUAAUGYAAAGAUUUGGUAAUGUGUGGCCAGAUGAAUGGACACAACGCUUUCCUCAGUUGYAGCAAAUGCAGAUUCCUUCCCCUAGUYCUUUUGAGGAUACGAUUAAGUGGCUUGAGCCUAAUAAUAAUAGGCAGCCUUUUAUGGUAAAGGUGGCUUGGAAAACUUUGCAAGAAGAGGGUCCUAUUAUGCAUUGGUACAAGGUGGUUUGGAAUAAAGCUUACAUACCUAAACAUGCUCUCUGUAUGUGGAUGGCAUGUCAGAAAAGACUACCGACCCAAGACAGACUUUGCCAGUGGAAGCAUGAACCUCCUGAUCUGAAAUGUGUGUUUUGCAAUUUGGUGAUUGAAACGCACAWUCACUUAUUCUUUGAGUGUUCUUAUUCGAGGAGUAUUUGGGAGGAAAUAAAGAGGGAAAUAGGGAUCCAGAUAUGUCCGGACAAUUGGGAGGAUAUUCUUAAUAUUGGACAAUUGCAAGGAUGGAAAUUGUGGUCUACGGUUCAAAAACUAGGUAUCUCGGCUACUGUGUAUCACMUUUGGAUGGAAAGGAAUAGAAAGUUUUUUGACAAUCAUAACCGUACUGGAGUUCAAGUUGUGGCUGAUAUCAAGAUUCAGAUUCUUCAACGAAUGGCUUGGAAGACGACAAAGAAGCUUACGAGAAUUAAAUAUGCGUGA